AUGCUCCCUUCCCAGCCCCUCCUGCACGCUGCGGUGUUUGCACUCGCGGUCCUUCAGGCCUUUGCCUCCGACACCUUCAUUGCCGCCGUCUACGAGCACGCCGUCAUCCUGCCAGAUGCCACGAAUAAGCCCGUUUCUCCCGACGAUGCUUUGGCCCUGAUGAACAAAAACAUGGAUGUCUUGGAAGGGGCCAUCAGGGAAGCCGCCCAGCAGGGCGCCCACAUCAUUGUGACUCCUGAAGACGGCAUUUACGGCUGGCUUUUCACGAGAGAAACCAUCUACCCCUACCUGGAGGACAUCCCUGAUCCGGCGGUGAACUGGAUUCCCUGCACCGACCCCACAAGAUUUGCUCCUGCUCCGGUGCAGGAACGACUCAGCUGCAUGGCCAGGAAUAACUCCAUCUAUGUGGUUGCAAACAUCGGGGACAAGAAGCCAUGUAACUCCAGUGAUCCCGGCUGCCCCCGCGACGGUCGCUAUCAGUACAACACUGAUGUCGUCUUUGACCCAGAGGGGAAACUGGUGGCUCGUUACCACAAGUAUAAUCUCUUUAUGUCAGAAACUCAGUUUAAUUACCCCAAAGAGCCAGAAGCUGUCACCUUUGAGACGCCCUUUGGGAAGUUUGGUAUUUUCACUUGCUUCGACAUCCUUUUCCGCGAGCCUGCCGUGGUCCUGGUGAGCGAGUUGCAGGUGGACACCGUGCUCUUCCCGACGGCUUGGAUGAACGUCCUGCCGUUUCUGACGGCGGUUGAGUUUCACUCUGCCUGGGCUAUGGGCAUGGGUGUCAAUUUACUUUCAGCAAAUACUCACAACAUCAACUUGGCGAUGACAGGGAGUGGUAUUUACGCACCAGACGGAGCCAGAACAUACUACUACAAUAUGGAGACUCAGGAUGGUCACCUCCUCAUUGCUGAACUAGAUUCACACCCUCGCCUUUCUCCUCCCUCCCCACCUGCUGUCAAGUGGAGCUCAUAUGCUUUGAGCGUCAAAAGGUUCUCACCAAAUGACCAUGAUUUCGAAGGACUCAUCUUCCAUGAUCAAUUCACUUUCACUGAGCUCACUAACCCUGAGGGGAAUCUCACUGUUUGCCAGAAAGACCUCUGCUGUCAUUUGAGCUACAAGAUGGCAGGGAAACAAGAAGAUGAAGUUUAUGUGCUGGGUGCUUUUGAUGGGCUUCAUGUUGUUGAAGGACAAUACUAUCUGCAGAUAUGCACGCUGCUCAAGUGCAAGAGCACAGACCCGAACACGUGUGGGCAGCCGGUGGAGACGGCACAGACCAAGUUUGAGAUGUUCUCCCUCAGCGGCACGUUUGGCACUAACUACGUCUUUCCAGAAGUCUUGUACAGUGGGGUGCAGCUGGCCUCCGGGGAGUUCGAGGUAUUGAAUGAUGGGCGCUUGAUAAGUACGACAAGACCAACAAAACCAGUUGUCACUGUGACGCUUUUUGGACGGUGGUAUGAAAGGGAUCAUCUGAAACAAGAUCCACAACCCCCAGCCUUCCCAUGAUAUUGCCAUAACUGAAGCUGCACACUAUUAAUCUUAUGUCCAAAUGAGAUACAGCAUCCUCUACUACAACAAUCCCAAUUAUGUUUCUUAUUUCCAGUUGCAUAAACUUCUCAUCAAUGUGCUUUGUUUAGUAAUAAUGCAGCAAUAUUAU